AACUCGAUCGACUUUCAGACAUUGACCAAAUUGAAUCAGAUCAUAACGCUACAUCCUUUUAUAUAUAUAUAACAUCACGCUACAUUAUUGUAAUAAUAUCACAAAAUUUCUACGGAAAAAAACUCGGUCUAAUGUUUUAACACACCAUCUAAUUUAUUUGGUUUUAUUCCAUAUGCAAAUUCAAGAGACCUUCUUCAUAUAUUAUACACAGAGAGAUAAAACAAUAAAUCAGAACAGUUUUACAUUAUUUCAAUCAAGUCAUCUUAUUCACUAAUGGCGAACAACGACGAGAUUACCACGUCGUCUCAUGCAUCUCCGGCAGUGAAUCACGAGUCUAUCUCACGCGCUAAGCAACGUAUCAAAGACGGACUAGCCACGCGCCGCUCCUGGAGGGUGAUGUUCGAUUUACACUCCACGGGACUACCUCACGGCGUCUCCGAUGUUUUCUCAAGAAUCAAGACAAAUCUUGCUUACUUCCGUAGUAAUUACGCAAUCGUAAUCUUGAACGUCAUAUUCUUCAGCUUGAUUUGGCAUCCGACCUCGCUCAUCGUCUUUACCGGUUUGGUUUUCCUAUGGAUCUUCCUUUAUUUUCUCCGUGAUGUGCCUCUCAAGGUGUUCAGGUUUCAAAUCGACGAUCGUGCGGUCUUGAUUGGUCUAUCGGUGAUUACCAUCGUUCUACUUCUAUUGACCAACGCGACGUUUAAUAUUGUUGCGGCGUUGAUGGCCGGAGCUGUGUUGGUUCUGAUCCAUGCGGUGAUUAGGAAGACGGAUGAUCUUUUUUUGGAUGAAGAAGCGGCGACGACUGAGACUUCAGGACUGACGUCACACCCUUCGUCUUAAAACGAUUGAUCUCCAUUUUUAUGUAUAUUCUAUUGUUUUUGAUCAUCUUAUGUGUAAUUAUAGUUUAUGGUGUAACCGUGUAAGUUUGGUUUGAUUCUCUCUCUGUUUUUAAGUUUUGAAGUAUGAACAAACUUAAUAAUGUCAAAGUCUUCGCUUCUUGUUUUUGGCGGGCUGCUUACUUUUAUCACUUUUUGGCGCCUUAUUGGGCCAUUCAUUAAGGCCCAAUAGUAUCAGCCCAUAAAAUUCAAAAAGGAACAUAUUUUUACAUUUAAACAGUGUGUCUCACACUUCCAUUUACACGUCAGCUCUCUUCGCCGGCGCUUAAUACAACCGUCAACCUCGCCGCCGGCUAGAGGAAAAUGGCGUAUCACCAACCGUACGAUCCUUUCUACGUCUAUCAACUUCAUUCUCAUCCUCAUCAUCUUCCGCCGCAGCUGCCACUGCUCGCCGACGAACCUGGGGCGAUUAACACUCUCUUUGUCUCUGGCUUGCCUAAUGACGUUAAGGCUCGUGAGAUCCACAAUCUCUUCCGUCGUCGUCAUGGAUUCGAAUCUUGUCAGCUCAAGUACACUGGACGCGGUGACCAGGUUGUGGCAUUUGCAACAUUCACGAGUCAUAGAUUCGCCUUGGCUGCAAUGAAUGAGCUAAAUGGUGUGAAAUUUGAUCCUCAAACAGGAUCAAAUCUACAUAUAGAACUAGCUAGAUCAAACUCUAGAAGAAAAGAAAGGCCAGGAAGUGGACCUUAUGUUGUGAUUGAUAACAGAAACAAGGAAAUUUCUAAGUCUCAGGAUGACCAGAGUGAUGAAGGGGAUAGCGAUCCAGAUGAGGUGCAGGAACCUGGAAAUAGCGAUUCUCCAAAGGAAAACGAUACUACCAAAAGCGAAGCGGAUUCUGAGCCAGAUAGUAAAGCACCAUCUGCUAAUGGGCACUUAGAGAAAGCAUCUGAAGGAGGUUCUGGUGCUCGAGCUUGUUCGACCUUGUUUAUAGCUAAUCUAGGGCCUAAUUGUACAGAAGAUGAACUCAAACAACUCCUAUCUAGAUAUCCUGGUUUCCACAUUUUAAAAAUCCGAGCUAGAGGCGGAAUGCCGGUUGCAUUUGCUGAUUUUGAGGAAAUCGAGCAAGCUACUGAUGCCAUGAAUCAUCUUCAAGGGAACCUCUUAUCCUCUUCAGACCGAGGCGGCAUGCAUAUAGAAUAUGCAAGAUCAAAGAUGAGGAAACAGUAAAAGAUUAUCAUAACCACAAAGCCUCACUUCUCAAAUGAAGAAUGUGGUGGAUAAUGUACCAUAUGCCAAUGGUAGUCUCUUAUGAAAACAAGAUAUAUAGAGAUCAUAAGCAAAUGAAAGCUGUAUUUCUUAUUUUAAAUCUUCACUUACUAUUUGUUGUCAUGAAGAUGAAUCCUUCUAUGCUGACACUGACUUAAGAGAUACAUAUGAAUAUAUUUAUUCAAGAUUUAC